AUGCCUAGAUUGGACAGAGGAUUAGUAAAGCACAAAUUGCCAAUAAAAGAAGGAUACCUACCAGUCAAGCAAGCCAGAAGAUGGAUGUCCAUGGAGACAGAAUUGAAAGUUAAAGAGGAAAUAGAGAGACUAGUUAAAGCAGGCUUCAUUAGACCAGCUAUUUUUGUUGAUUGGCUAUCUAACAUUGCGCUAGAUCUUAAGAGAAAAACAGGAGCAGUAAGAGUCUAUGUAGAUUACAGGAACCUGAAUAAGGCAUCUCCCAAAUAUGAGUAUCUCAUGCCAAUGACAGCUAUGUUGGUAGACAUAGUUGCUCAUAACCAAAUGUUAUCAUUCAUGGGUGGCAACGCAGGAUAUAAUCAGAUAAUGGUAGCAAAUGAAGACAUCCACAAGAGUGUUUUCAUGUGUCCAGGACAUAUAGGCGCAUUUGAAUAUGUUGUAAUGCCUUUUGACUUGAAAAAUGCAAGGGCCACCUAUCAAAGGGCAAUGAAUUCUAUUUUCCACGACAUGGCAGGCCAUUCCCUAGAAGUAUACAUAGAUGAUGUAGUGAUUAAGUCUCCAGAAAAAGGAAAUCAUGUAUCCAAUUUGAAGAAAGCUUUUCUAAGAAUGAGACAACACAAGUUGAAGAUGAAUCCUAUGAAGUGCGUUUUCAGGGUUCAAGCUGGCAAUUUCCUAGGGUUCCUGGUCCCUCAAAGAGGUAUAGAAAUUGACAAAAACAAAGCCAAAUCUAUCAUAGAAGCUUUGUCACCUCGGAACAAGAAAGAAUUGCAAAGUCUCUUGGGGAAGAUCAACUUUUUCAGAAGAUGGGAAGAACAGCACCAUCAGGCUUUUGAAGAAAUCAAGUAUUAUCUUUCAAAUUCGCCAGUUCUCCCUCUACCAAAAAGGGGCAGACCACUCAAACUGCUAUGUUUGGCUUUGUACUUCACUGCUAUAAAACUCCGACAUUACAUGUUACCCUUUACCAUCUACAUCAUUGCCAACACAAAUUUGAUUAAAUACAUGCUAACGAGGCCAAUGUUGAAGGCAGAAUUGGUAAAUGGACCUCAAAAGGCUACCAAGGGACAGGCUGUUGCCGACUUCUUGGUAGAUCAUCCAAGGGAAGAGAUUGAGAACGUGAACUCCAUGGAUAUAGCCAAUACAGAUCGGCUGAGCAGAGCUCACAUAUGUCUCAAUAAUCCCAUAUACUAA